CAAUAAUCCACUCAAUAGAUGCCACGUGGCUUGACAUGUAUACCAACUCGACCACUACAAAUGCGGCGUCUUUAGUCGUCAUUCGUUGCGAGCAGAACAGAGCAGUGCAGCAACUUGCUUUGGACCUCUGUCUCUGUUUACUGCUUGGGCUGUUUGCUGAGUUCUUUCAGUAGUGAAAAUGGCAACAGUAACGGCCUCACACUUUGCAUCAAGAAUUUCACAUGUCAACCCUGCCGGAUCAGAAACUAGACUAAAUGUGGCUCAGACGGGAUUGAAGAACCAGACCAUGACCCACAGUGGUUUAAGGUCCUUGAACAUGGUGGAUAGGCUGCAAAUUAGAACUCAAGCAAAAGCCCUUGCCAGAGAAGCCAGGUCAAACAAGAUUGUUUGCAGCCAUGGAAUGAACUUGGUUUUUGUGGGAGCCGAGGUUGGUCCCUGGAGUAAAACUGGUGGACUUGGUGAUGUUCUUGGAGGACUUCCCCCAGCAAUGGCUGCUAGAGGACACAGAGUCAUGACAGUGUCUCCUCGUUAUGACCAGUACAAAGAUGCAUGGGACACAAGUGUUCUGGUAGAGAUUAAAGUUGGGGAUAAAGUUGAAACUGUUAGAUUCUUCCACUGUUACAAACGAGGUGUCGAUCGCGUCUUUGUGGAUCACCCAAUGUUCCUUGAGAAGGUAUCUGGCAAAACUGGAUCCAAAGUUUAUGGACCUGUGGCAGGAACUGAUUAUCAGGAUAAUCAACUUCGAUUUAGUUUGUUGUGCCAGGCUGCUCUUGAGGCACCAAGGGUUCUGAUUUUAAACAGUAGCAAACAUUUCUCAGGACCAUAUGGAGAGGAUAUAGUCUUCAUUGCCAAUGACUGGCACACUGCUCUUCUGCCGUGUUACCUGAAGACCAUGUACAAACCUAUGGGUAUUUACAAAAGUGCUAAGGUUGCCUUUUGCAUCCACAACAUUGCAUAUCAGGGCAGAUUUGCCUACUCAGACUUCUCGCUUCUCAAUUUGCCUAGUGAAUUCAGGAGUUCUUUCGACUUUAUAGACGGGUAUGAAAAGCCUGUGAAGGGAGCGAAAAUCAAUUGGAUGAAGGCUGGAGUGCUAGAAUCGGAUAGGGUCCUAACUGUGAGCCCAUACUAUGCUCAGGAACUUGUUUCGGGAGUAGAAAAGGGCGUUGAAUUGGAUAACAUCAUUCGUAAAACUGGCAUCACUGGUAUUGUAAAUGGCAUGGAUGUUCAAGAGUGGAACCCUGCCACAGACAAAUACAUUGAUGUCAGAUACAAUGCCACAACUGUUAUGGUUGCAAAACCUUUGCUGAAGGAAGCCCUUCAGGCAUAUGUUGGUUUGCCCGUUGACAGGAACAUCCCCUUGUUUGGCUUUAUUGGUAGACUAGAAGAGCAGAAAGGUUCAGAUAUUCUAGCUGCAGCUAUUCCAAAAUUCAUUGGAGAGAAUGUUCAGAUAGUAAUUCUUGGAACUGGCAAGAAGGGCAUGGAAAAGCAGAUACAACAGCUGGAGACAUUGUUCCCUGGCAAAGCUGUAGGAGUAGCAAAGUUCAAUGUCCCCUUGGCCCACAUGAUUAUAGCUGGAGCUGAUUUCAUGUUGAUCCCUAGUAGAUUCGAACCAUGUGGUCUAAUUCAGUUACAUGCCAUGCGAUAUGGAACAAUCCCCGUCGUUGCCUCAACCGGUGGUCUCGUUGACACUGUCAAAGAAGGUUACACAGGAUUCCAAAUGGGAGCCUUCAACGUUGAAUGUGAUGCAGUUGAUCCAUUAGACGUGAUUAAAAUAGCAAAAACUGUCGUUAGAGCUCUUGCAAUAUAUGGCACUGCUGCCAUGAAAGAAAUGAUCCAGAAUGGCAUGGCCCAAGAGCUUUCCUGGAAGGGACCAGCCAGAUUGUGGGAAAAGAUUCUGUUGAGCCUGGAGGUUGCUGGUAGUGAAGCCGGUGUUGAAGGGGAGGAAGUCGCUCCUCUUGCUAAGGAAAAUGUAGCAACUCCCUAAGCAAGAGACGUACGUAGUGCUCAUUUCAGCUUCCAAUGAUGACCUGAAGUGCAGAAAUUGAUACAUUUGGUUUAAGCAUCUGUAUCUGCUCUGUUCUUGGUACUUGCUUGUGAUCUUUGAUGCCUGGAGGAGAACACAGCUUUUAGUGGUCAGUGAUGUGUCUCUUCAAGGGUAAGUGUGAAUAUAUAUCAGAACAAACAACUAUUUUUGUUAUUGUAGGUGACAUAAUAACAUUUUGCACUCUUUUAGUAUAAAUCAUGUAUAGUCCAUGAAGAUUCAUAAAAAUGUCUUAUUUUCAAUUCUAUCUUCUGCCUCUGAUUAUGGCUA